CUGUUGGCACUAUAUGAUAAAUUGAUAUAUAACCUAUUGGGAUUACAAAAUAUUUUUUGCAUCUUUUUGCAUACCCCAACACAUUUUUUCAAAAGUUCAUCAUGCACUCGCAAAUGUCGAAUCAACAAAUUUUCGAUGUUUGACAUUACUUAAAGAGCUGGAUAUUUAUAAUGACGACUCUGAUGGCUCUGAUUUGGAAUAAAUAAUGUAAAUUAAAUGUUUAUGUACUUACCUACUAUUGUGUUAUUCUGUAAAAAAUAUUAAAUUAAUAAAAAAUAAAAAUAUAUUUUUUGACCAGCUAUACAUUUUUUUCAGUGUAGUAAGGCCCGAGUAUUUUUAAAUAUGGGUUUAUCCUAAUGGGUUUGCCCUAAAAAAUCUCAAUCUUUCCUUGGGGCAAUCUUAGCAUAUUUAUUCUUACUGUUACAUGGGAGGUGGGCGUGUAAGUUGUCCGAUUUCACCCAAUUUUUCUAAAAAGAUGCAUAAUAAUACCAAGUUCAAAAAUUCGUGGCUUUACCAUUAAUAGUUUUUGAAAUACAGAGUUUAGUCCCCCUAAAAUGGCAAAAUCUGACACUGUGCCACGCCUGGAUUUACUAAUAAUUAUAUUUGCAACACUGUGUCAUCAUUAGCAAUAUUUGGCUAAAAACAAAACUGAAAUGACCCACAACAAUAAAAACAAAUAUGUGCCUGACACUACCCAGCAGGUUUUAUUAGUUGUUUACAUUAACUAAUGUCAAAAAUUAUAUACACGUUGGUACAUUUGUUCCUACGUACACAAUUUUACGUACAAAAAUAUCGAAUUCGAAAAUACAAUAAAAUUUAUUUCGAAUAUACUAUAAACAUCAUCAUCAUCAUUAUUUACAUACAAAUGCCAGACUAAAAAGAAAAUAAAACAGACACACAAACUCAAUACUUAAAAAUUUCAUUCAUUCAUUUUUUCAUUCGAAGUAUUUGCUUUGACAGAGCAAGUGGUAUUAAUAAUAAGAAAAAAAUUAAAAAUAAAAAAAGAAACAAUAUUUAAAAACGAAACGAUUUAAUAUCUAGCAAUUUAGCAAAAAUUAAAUAUAAAUAUUAAUACUUAUAUACACAUUUGAAACGUACCGAAAUCAGUGCACAAAAAAAGUAAUAAUUUGAUAGAAAUAAAUAAAAGAAAAAUCUGUAUUCGUUCUACUAACUUAAACGCCAUAAGAAAAAUUUUAUAAUUUUGAAAAAAUAUAAAGAAAAAACUAAAAAAGAAUAAUAGAUUUUCUUCCAUAUAAGGAUUUUAGCAAAAUAAAAAAUUGUAUACAUUGUUGGUGGAUCAAAAAAGAAAAACAUGAUUUUUUUUUUUUUGCUUGAACAUGUAAAAACGAAGUAAAUUGUAAACAAAACGUACAAUUUAAUUGAUGGAUUUUUUUCUUGCUCUUUUCUUUUUUUUUUAACAUGGAAUUUUUGUUUUUCGCAUACAUACGUGCUUUAUAAGUAGAAAAGGUGGCGAGGCUGGCUGACUAGCUGCUGCUGGUGAAUGAAAAAUAGAAUAAAAGAAAAUUGUGAAAAAAUGUGAAAAUUCUGAAAAUAGAGUGUGCGCCAUGAGAGAACGUGUAAUAGUACUAAAAUACCAAAACUGAGAACAUACAUUCAUAGUUUUGUAAAUAGAGAGAGAUAAAUAUUUAAUAAACAUUAUUAAAUUCGAAAACUCAACGAAAUAUCAUACAAUUCAAUUUAAAGAAAAAAGUUAAUUAUUAAAAAUUAUAAUUAAAUAAAAUAAACACUUGUUAGCACAUGUCAAACAUUAAUAGUUCCCACUGUUAAGCAAGAAAAACACAAUAUCUCUCUAAAUAUUUUCUUUCGAUUAAAAUGAGAGAGUACCAAAUAUAAAAAAGAAAACACCAAAAAAGUGUAAUAGGAAAAAUGUUGCGUGAGAGCAAGAAAUGAAUGAGAUGAUGAAGGAAAAUGUAUACAGAGUGUGGCCCUAAUAUAUAUAGUAUUCAAUGCUAAAGUGGAUGAAACAAUAGAGUGUCAAGUAAAAAACAUUGCUUAUUAACUGCCAGUCGUUAUUUUUCUUUCUCCCGUGUUGGCAGACCAUAAAAAAAUAAAAAUACGAACAGGAAAAUACACUAAAAAGCCAAAGAAAAAAACAUCUUAAAUAUAAUAAUAAAUUUAAAAACAUUAGAAAUUUAUAAAAAAAAAAAUCUACACAAAAAAGCACAAGCAAUCAAACAAAUAACAAACAGAAACCAAAGAGUCUGUGCGUGCGUGAGUGAGUGAACGAGUGAAAAAGUGAAUGAUUAGAUGAUUAUAAAAGCUAAAAACGUAAGACAAAAGAAAAAUAUAUUGAGCUGGCCAUCAAGCAUCAAACAAAACGUAAAAUCUAUAGAAAAUUUACCAAAUUCCUACGUUUACGCCAUGAAAGAAUAAAAUUUUCUUCCUCUAAAAACCCACCUCUACUUCUACUACCACCACCAACACCACAGCCGUCCACAACAUUUAGUAAUAUGCCAAAUCCCAAAGAAAAAUCUUCAGCAUCCUCGUCGAAAGAUGCAAAACACAGGUCGAGGUCAUCUGCUCGCUAUGCUGACGUCGAAGCUAAGCAGCGCAAGAGAGCCUUGCUGUCUAUACCCAAUACCAUUAAAUUGAGUAUGCUCAAUUCGGGUCUGCUGUCGUUUGAGAAAAUCAAAUUGGAGGCGCGUGAUGAAAACAAUUCCCUCUCCAAGACCAUACCAAACAAUCCCAUCGAUAUAAAGCAUUUUCUUAAACUGUGCGAAUUGAGACGUAAAUUUCCCGUACUCUACAAAUUGGAAUUUCAGACAGCAGCCAAAGUGGAGACAAACACCUGUCGCCAUGCUCUCAGAAAAAACAAUCACGAUAAGAACCAAAAUCCCAAGUGCAUUCCCUAUGAUUACAACCGCGUUGUCUUGCAAAAAAUACCAGGCGUACCCGAUUCCGAUUAUAUUAACGCUUCCUAUGUCGAUAGUCUUUUGAAACCCAAUGCCUACAUUGUAACACAGGGACCAGUUGAGGAGACAGUGAAUGCAUUUUGGCGCUUAGCAUGGCAGGAGAAUAUAAGCGCCAUCAUUAUGCUGACAAAGACAUUUGAUUUUGCCAAAGUCAUGUGUGUUCAAUAUUGGCCGCCCAAUAAGGAAGUACACGAAACAUAUGGUGAUAUUAACAUAAAUAUUGUUAAAGAAGAACAAUUGGCCAAUUUCCACAUAAGAACUUUCCGUCUGUAUAAAGUGAAGGAGGGAACCGAUGAAGUAACCGAUGAAAGAUUUGUUUUGCAAUUUCACUACACCGAAUGGUAUUCGCACUCGUGUCCCUUCUCCAAUGCCGUUUUGGAGUUUCGCAGACGAGUUCGUUUGGUUGUGGGCAGCAUAAUAAAAGAUGAUGAUACCAAAGGUCCAAUGUUGGUACACUGUAGUGAUGGUGGUGGUCGUUCGGGGGUGUAUCUAUCAAUUGAUGCCAAUCUGGAACUGGCCGAAGAGGAAGAAUGUUUUAAUGUAUUUGGCUAUUUGAAAAAACUGCGGCAAUCGCGCAAAGGUCUAGUGGAAAACGUGGAACAAUACAAAUUUAUAUAUGAUACUUUGGAGGAAAAUAUUGUAUGCGGCAAAACUUGGUUUCCGGUAUCCGAACUAUCGGAUCGUUUAAAGGCUAAAGCGCGUCGUAACUCGUUGACUAAAAUGAAUGAUUAUCAAAUGGAAUAUGAAAAGAUUUGCAAACAAACUCCGCGCUUUACUAUAGGUGACUGUGCUGGUGGUCAUCGUGCUGAUAAUAGAGAGAAAAAUCGUGAUGUUUUGUGUGUGCCACCCGAUAAUUUCCGUCCCUAUCUUACCUCUUUUCAAGGCAAUGCUUUUACCGACUACAUAAACUCGGUAUUUGUGGAUGGCUAUACUAAGCCCCGUGAAUACAUUGUAACCGAAUGGCCCAUGAAACAUACGCUGGGUGAAUUUUGGUCUCUAGUCUACGAUCAAGAAUGCUCUGCUGUUGUCGUACUCUGUCAGCCACCAGCCAAUUCUCAAAGUUAUCCUUCAUUUUGGCCGCAUAAAUCUAAAAUGGAAAAAUAUGGUCCUGUCUUUUCAGUGCACUAUUCAUCCUCCAAAAGCUAUACUAAUAUUAAGCAAUGGGAGUUUAAAAUAAAUAAGAAAAUUGUUUCCCUAACCGAAAUGAUGGCAGGCGUCAAGGCUCCCACGCGUACCGUGCAACUUUUCCAAUUAACCUGUUGGCCCAUGGGUCACAAGGUGCCCUCUUCGACCAACUCUUUGGUCUAUCUAAUGAAUAUGGUUGAAAUGUGGCGUGCCAAAACCGAUUAUGGUCCCGUAUGUGUUGUCUCUCCAGAUGGUCGCAGUCGUGCCGGUGUUUAUUGUGCUGCCAAUGCUUGUAUCGAACAGGUAAUACAACAUGGUGAAGUGGAUGUUUUUCAAGCUGUCAAAACGGUUAGGCGUCAUCGUCCGCAAUUAGUUGAGAAUAUGACGGAAUAUAAAUAUUGUUAUGAUUUAGUUUUGCAUUAUGUUUUACAUUUCUUAAACAAAAAUGAUUAAGCUAUAUGUAUGGAUGUGGUAAAUGUUAUUAUAAAUGUAAGGUAUUAGAGGAUUUUGAAAGGUGUGUUAAUUAGAGAAGAAAUGUUAAUGAUGAUUUAUAAUAGAAGACUUUUUAUUAAUUUAAAAUUUUAUUUAAUGCAUUUCAAUCAUAGUUUGAGAACUUGAGAUAUUAUAACAAUAUCAUGAAUAUUGCCAUAACAUUGAUGAAAUAUUUAACUUAUUUGCAUACAGUUUUCUUGUAACAAUGAACCAGAGAAAUCGAGAAUCAAAAUGCAAAAGAUAUAUGUUGUUGAAAUAUUUAACUGUUACUGGCAAGAAUUUUUAAUAAAACUUAUUUUAAAUUUCAAUAAGUACUUACAAAACGACAUGUUGCUGAAACAUUUCAUUAACUUAAUUAUUUAGAAAAUUUAUAGAAAUUAAACUUUUAUUUUAGCUGAAUGUUAUUAACAGCAUAUUGACUAUAGCAAUAUCGUAUAAGAAUAAAAAUUAUUGCUGGAAAUAGCUCAAGCUUGAUAUUGCUACAAUCUCAAUUGUGAUAGCAAAAUUGAUUUUCAAGAUUUUGCUAAAGAUGUUUAAAAAAACCAAAAACAAGUAAACAGUGCUUUCAACAUGUUGCUAUCAACAUACACUCUUUAAAGGUUUCUCCUUUUCAUAUUUUUGGAUUCAUUUUAAAAUUAAUUUUUAUACCUUGUAAACAGAAGAACAAAAUGUUGCUGGCAACAUUCUUUGAUUAUGCUAGAGACAUUUUAAAACACCAACAACAUGUUUAACAUCUUAGUAUGCAAAAAAGAACUAUAUUCGUUAGUAAAAGCAAAUGAAAUAUAUUUGGCAACAUUCUAGCAACAUUUUAUCCUUAUGUAUUCAAGACUAUAGGCCAAAAGCUGUUGAUCAACCUUAGUUAAUUGUUGAGGAUGUCAAAAUCUAUUUCUAGACUUAUUUUAAACGUUUACCGAAAUUAUUAAUGAUUUAUUGUAGGAUUUUUUACAAAAAAGCUAUAAAUAAGCAAUUAAUGUCUUUAUGAAUAAUGGAGUUAGGGUCUUAGCCAUAAGCCUUUGUCGAAGGAUUUUAAAGCAAACUAUGUACGAAUAACUGUUUCAUAAAUCAUGGUUGCUUUGUUCUAUAAACAUGUUGCUGUUAAAAGAAUAUUAACAAUAAAUUCCUUUACUAUAAAAAACACACCCCUUUCGUAAUCCUCUAAUAAAUGCACAAUAUAAUUUGACUUUGCUCCUAACUCUCAUCCUAGAAGCAAUAUAUUUCAAGUAUUUAAACUAAAUCUUAAUAACUAAAACACGAAACUUAACAAAAAUACUAAAUGUAGUAGUUUAAUUGAUAUAACUAAAUGUAUAUUUAAACCUAACCCAUUUUAAGUAAAAUAUUUGCCAAAACCUUAGAAAAAAAUAAAAAUAAUAAUAUGUACUGAAUUUAUUUUUUUGAACGAAUACCAAAAACAAAAAUAAAUAUUUUAUUACCAAAUCCUUUUAGACGAUUAAAAAUGACGACAAAAAAUAUUUAUAUUUAUAUAUAUUGAUGUUAUAUGUACUGAUUUUGUCCUAUAAAAUGUAAUAAAAAAACAAAAAAAAUUAUAUGCCUUAAAAAAUGUAAGCCUCAAUUUGUUAACAAGAAUAUUUAUUAAAUAUUAAAAAAAUAAACCCCUAAAUUAAGUUAAAGUAAAAAAUUAUAUGUUAAUAGUUUUUUAGUUAUAUAUUAAAAAAUAUAAUUUUGUUUAUUUCAAUUGUCAACUUUAAAUGUAAUUUAAUUACUUUAAGAAAAGAUUUCAUAAAAAUUUUAGUUAAAAUUAUUUUUUUUUAAUUUUUGGUUUAAUUUGAAAUAUGCACAAUACUCUAUUACAAAAACAAGAAGAUUCGUUAUCAUACUUCGAUUUCAAAAUUUCACAAGCAGCCUAAUUUUGAACCAUUUUAACAAGUGUUCUUAACCAUAUAAACGAAAUGAUAUUAGUUUAUAGUAAUCUUACAAAAACCUUAGAAAUAUUUUCAACAAAAACUGCCCCCUUUAUUUAAUAUUUUACUUUCAAAAUAUACAAUAAAUUUGCAAAAGAAUUAGUUUCAAUAUUUUUUUUGUCACGUAAAUAUUAUCAAUUGUUAAGAAUAUUUAAUCAAUUUAAACCAACAAAAAUCGAUAUAAGAAAAUGUCGAAACCUGUUGCUAAUACAAAUGUUGUUUAACAUUUCAUUUAAAACUAAAUUUUGUGAUUCUCAAACCAUCGUAUGAAACUUAAUUGGAGUAGAUUCAGCAACAUGUUGCCAAACAUUGUAAAUUUCAAACGAAUUUUUUUUUUUUAAUUUUCGUAUAAAAGUAUAUUUGGAUGCUGAAACUAAUUUUAUUUUCAUCUAUAUAAUUUGGACAAUACUUUUAAGCCAGAUAAUGUAGUAGGAAAUGAAGCAAUAUGUUUAUUCUUUAAUUCAGUUUUCAAUUUAAUUUUAUUUAAUUUAAUUUUCAGGCAAUUCAACUAUUUUUUUUUUGCUUAGCAACAUGUUGCUAAGAAUUUUUAGACCCAAUGAUUUUGUAUAUACUAGUAUAUAAUAUCUUCUUUUUAUGUAUUUACUUAAAACGAAACCAAUUUAGAGUUUUAACAACAUUUUUGGCUUAGCAACAAGUUGCUUACAACUUCUAAAAACAAAUUUUUUAAUUAAUGUUUAAAUUAUUAAAUUUAUUUUAUAUUGUGUUUGUUUUUCGAAAAAAAUCCAAUUCGCAGCCCAUUAAAAUAACUUUUCUAUAC